UAGAAGAGAAAUAAUAAAGAAAUAUUGAUGGCGAGCUUAAGCUCCCUGUGUGUUCAGUGGAGAAUUCAUGGGCAUGGGCAUGGGCAUGGCCCCCGAGGUUCAGAACUCCGCAAAGCCAUCUCCACGCUUGACCUGACGCUACAGCCGGAGGAGGUUGGUAGCCGUCAGAAACUUAUAAACUCGUCCCUUCUCCUCAAAGCCUGCAUCAGGUCUGGUAACUUGGAGCUUGGUAAACUCCUUCACCACAAGUUGAUUCACUCUCGACUCCCCCUCGACUCUCUUCUUCUCAACUCUCUAAUUAGCCUCUACUCUAAAUGCGGGGACUGGCAAAGCGCGCUUUCAAUAUUCCAAGGCAUGGGCGAUAACAGAGACUUGGUCUCCUGGAGUUCUCUCAUCUCCUGUUUUUCAAAUAACUCCAUGCACUCCCAAGCCCUUCUUACCUUUCUUCACAUGCUCCAAUUCGGGAUUUUUCCCAACGAAUAUUGCUUUACCGCCUCAAUUCGAUCUUCUUCCAAUGCUCGAUAUUUUUCUAUUGGCCUUGUAAUCUUUGGCUUUUUAUUCAAGACCGGAUACUUUGAUUCUCAUGUCUGUGUUGGUUGUGCCUUAAUAGAUAUGUUUGCCAAAGGCAGUGCUGAUAUCCACUCAGCACGCAUGGUGUUUGACAAAAUGCGGGACAAAAACCUUGUCACUUGGACUUUGAUGAUUACUAGAUAUGCUCAACAUGGUUUUCUGAGCGAUGCAAUUGAUUUAUUCUGCAGUCUGUUGGUAAGUGAGCACACACCUGAUAGGUUUACUCUAACCAGUCUCUUAUCGGCCUGCGUGGAGAUGGGAUUCUUCUCACUUGGUAAGCAAUUGCAUUCUUGGGUUAUCCGGUCUGAACUGGCUUCAGAUGUCUGUGUGGGUUGUACUCUGGUGGACAUGUAUGCAAAAUGUGCAGCAGAUGGAUCAGUAGAAAAUUCUAGGAAAGUAUUUGAUAGCAUGCCUCUUCAUAAUGUUAUGUCUUGGACUGCUCUCAUCUCUGGCUAUGUACAGGGCAGAAAAGAGCAGGAAGCCAUGGAGCUGUUUUGUAACAUGCUUCAUGGUCAUGUUGCACCAAAUUGCUUCACAUUCUCCAGCGUCCUCAAAGCUUGUGCAAAUCUUCCUGAUUUUAGCUUCGGCAAACAACUGCAUGGUCAGACAAUUAAACUGGGCCUUUCCGCAAUUAAUUGUGUGGGGAAUUCUCUUGUUAACAUGUAUGCAAGGUCUGGAAGUACGGAUUGUGCUCGAAAAGCUUUCAAUAUCUUAUUUGAAAAGAAUUUAUUUUCGUGCAGUACAGCUAUUGAUGCACAUGCAAAAGCAUUGGAUUCUGAUGAGUCUUUUAACCAUGAUAUUGAGAACGUUGCUGUUGGAGCUGGUUCUUUUACAUAUGCAUGCCUCUUAAGUGGCGCAGCCUGUUUAGGUACAAUCGGUAGGGGUGAACAAAUUCAUGCCCUCAUAGUGAAGUCAGGGUUCGGAACCGAUUUAUGCAUUAAUAAUGCUUUAAUCUCUAUGUAUUCCAAGUGCGGAAUCAAAGAAGCUGCUUUGCAGGUCUUUGAUGACAUGGGGCAUCGCAAUGUAAUAACUUGGACCUCUAUUAUAAGUGCUUUGGCAAAACAUGGAUUUGCUACAAAAGCUUUAGAAUUGUUCUAUGAAAUGCUUGAAAUAGGUGUAAAGCCUAAUGAGGUCACUUAUAUUGCGGUUUUAUCAGCCUGUAGUCACGUUGGUUUGAUUGAUGAGGCUUGGAAACACUUCAAUUCUAUGCAUUAUAAUUAUGGUAUCAGUCCAAGGAUGGAACAUUAUGCAUGUAUGGUUGAUUUGCUUGGUCGAUCUGGAUUGCUUGUAGAAGCUAUUGAAUUUAUUACUUCAAUGCCUUUUGAUGCUGAUGCAUUGGUAUGGCGUACGUUUCUUGGUUCUUGUCGGGUUCAUCGUAAUACCAAACUUGGAGAGCAUGCUGCAAAAAUUAUUCUUGAGCGGGAACCUCAUGAUCCAGCUACCUAUAUAUUAUUGUCAAACUUGUAUGCGUCAGAAGGGAGGUGGGAUGAUGUAGCAGCAAUAAGAAAAUGCAUGAAACAGAAAAAAUUGAUAAAAGAAACAGGUUAUAGCUGGAUUGAAAUCGACAACCAGAUACACAAAUUCCACGUAGGGGAUACUUCACACCCCCAGGCUAAAAUGAUAUAUGAUGAACUUGAUGAAUUGGCUUUAAAAAUAAAGAACUUGGGUUAUAUCCCAAAUACAGAUUUUGUUCUUCACGAUGUGGAGGAUGAACAGAAGGAUCACUAUCUGUUUCAACACAGUGAAAAAAUUGCUGUGGCAUUUGCUCUUAUAAGUACCCCGAAACCAAAACCUAUUAGAAUAUUUAAAAAUCUUCGAGUUUGUGGGGACUGCCAUACGGCAAUGAAGUAUAUAUCAAUAGUUACUGGAAGAGAGAUAGUAGUCAGAGAUGCAUACCGGUUUCAUCAUGUCAAGAAUGGGAUAUGCUCUUGCAAUGACUAUUGGUAAAUGAUUCUAUAUGCAUUCGAUAUUGGUUAAACUUGGAAAUUUGAAGUACAAGGAAACUUGAACCCACAAGCCAAUUGCUAUUUUUAGAGGCAUCUGUUUAUCCAUCUUUAUUCUUUUCAUGAUAAGGCUAGAUGCAGCGUGUACGAUAUACCAUUUUCUUGUUUACCGUGGAGGUUAUUCCCUCCACAUAUUAUUCUAAA